AUGUGGAUUCAAAAUUCCACUUUUAUUAGAGGAAUGUCUCGAGAAUAAGGCGGCGCGAUGCUCGUAAAAAAUACAAACUUUAACGUCAAGUUUUCAAAUUUUAUUGAAAAUUAUGCAAAAGAUGGUGGCGCAUUGGCUUUAAUAUGCUCUCCAUCAAUAACGUGCAUAUAUGAUAUCGAUACUAAUUAAUUCACUUCAAAUUAUGCUACCACUAAGGGUGGAGCAAUAUACUACAACAAACAUAGACCAUAAAAACUUUCAAAUAAUGUUUUUAAUAUUGGUAAUUAUGCACCUUACGGCCCGGAAAUGGCUGGUUACCCUUAUAGUGUUAUUGUUUAAAGCUAUGAUAAUAUUCCAUUGGCAAGUGGCUAAGCAUAUUAAGGAUUAAUAAAAAUUGGAAUCAUUGAUGCUGACGGUUAGAUAGUCACAAACGAUAAUAGCUCAGCAACUGAUUAAAAUACCAAAAUUUCUGGAGAAUAUCUAAUUCAAGUUGAAAAUGGGAUAGGAAUCUUUUAGGUAGGAAUGCUUAAAUUUUACUCAAUGCCAGGAAGCAAGAAUGUUUCAUUUAAAAUACAAUCAUCAAGUAUUGAUACCAAUUAUAUAAUGAGAGUAUUUGAAAUUUCUCCAAACGAUCAAACUAAAUAGAUCAAUCUUGAAUAUAUUUACUUUGAUUUUAGAUAAUGCCAAAGUGGAGAAAUUAACUCAAAUGGAUAAUGCAUAAAAUGUGGAGUUGGAUAUUAUUCAUUGAACGGAUUCAAUCCUUCCUGCAUUGAAUGCAUGGAGAAUGCUGAGUGUCCUGGAGGAGAUAUUAUUAAUGUUUUACCUGGAUUUUGGAGGUCAUCAAAUAUCUCCACAAAUAUUUUACCUUGUCUAUAUGAUCAAGCUUGCAUUGGUAAUUCACUAGAUUCAUCAAAUAAUGCUAAGCUUUGUAAUUUUGGAUACGAGGGAAAUUUAUGCAAUCACUGCUCAAAUGAAGAUGGCGUAUAAUUCAUGAAGUUAAAUAGACAUGAAUGUGGUCUUUUUAGAAACUCAGACUUUGCAAAUUUUAGAAGAUAAGUUACUGUAGCAACAAUUGUAAUUAUUUAUUCUAUGCAUCCAACAAUAACAAGAAUGACUACUAGUUUAUAUUUUUGUAUGGAGCUAGAUAAGGGAGAGUAUUGGCUUCAAUAAGAUCUUUAGGUGAAGUGUUGGACGAAAGAACAUUUGAUCUGGAGUCUUGGUAUUGGAUUAAUUUCUGUUUUAGUUUGGAUCUUUGGUGUACCAAUAAGAGAUUUUAACUUCUAUAACUACUUUUUUCGGUGCUUUAUUCUUUGUUAAUCAUGA